GUUGGAAUUGAGGAGAAGAGACACCUCAACCCACGCGCAUCUCAGACCACGAAUGUCUAAGCGCGAGGUGCCUGAGUUCUUGUUCUGGCUAGUAUCACUGUUGAGGAGAGACUUCUCUUGUUUGCUUACUUCCUUUUGCCACGAAGCGGUCAAUCGAGCAACCUACGAAGGGUACAGAGAUGGCUCAGCUGCCUAAGUACUUUAGUCAAGGGGAGCAGACACGAGUGUUCAGUAGAAACGAGGUGCAAGCCUACAUACCACCUAUAUCUUGGAUACAUCCAAUACUUCCAUACUAUGUAGGUACUUAGGUACUGGGUAUAGGUAGUUGAGGGUCAAGACGGCGGAGACCUGGGACGAUCUGGCUGUUGCCAAUUGGUCACAAGAUAUAAGAUAAAGUACAUGUCAACCUUUAUUUGUAGGUAGAUGUACUUUGCUUCUGGCCGAUUGAUGACAUGAGAAGACACCUAAUAGUUAAGUCAAUUAUUCCCUGCAAAUCUCCCGCUCAAUGGGCCUGUUCUGACCUCGACUCACCUCAAUUUACUUCAGUCCAGUCCCGACACGACCUGCUAGCACCUACCUUACGUAGUCUACGUAAGGUGCUUUCUACUCCACCUCCCUUCCAUCCCAUCCCAUCCUAUCCAUAUCUGGGCUGCUUUAAAAACCCUGUAUCCCCCUACCUACACCAUCCACCUCAUACUCCAAUCUAUUCUAAAUUCUAAAUUGUGUUCCUUUUUCUUUCGUGAAUACGUCUUUCCCUUACAAAAGUUUCCACGGUGACCUACGCGGUACGAAGCUUCAACAAGACACUACCCCGCCAAAUCCGAACCCCGCCAAAAGUCAAACCUCGCUCAUCAAAAUGGUCGGUCUUGGUCCUCGACGUCCUCCCUCCCGAAAGGGUACGUAUACUUAAAUGCUAUCACUUGUUAUGUUAUGACGCCCUCCGCGACCGAAGAUCUCUAUGACUCGUUAUUUGGGAGCAUCAAUUGCUGCUGGCCACGAGCUGUUGCUUGUCUACGAAGAGGAAGCUUGCCCAGUGGGGGCAGAACCAGCAAAAAUGCGCUGCAAUGACGAUGUUUCUCCAUCCACUGCAACAUUCCUGGUGACAAACCUUGGAGACAAGACGAACUCGUCUUCUAGUGUCACGAAAGUGAAAGAAAACCGUCGUGCGAGAUCGAGAGCAAUCCCCAUUGGCUCUUUGGGCUUGGCCAAGAAUCGGCGACAACAAUGAUAAUCGACUGUGCAUGCGACUACGACCUCAAGUUUCGGGGGACAACGAAUUUGCAGAUAAGGUGUAUUACGUGAGCUUGCACUUCGUGGCUACUGAAUGCUAUUGGGUUUGCCAGCUGGCAAUCACUGUCCUACUGUCAGAGUGUAGACGCAGUGCUUGUUCAGUGACCAUGCAGCACUGAAGUCAAAAUGCGCUACCCUUCUGUUAACCUUUCUCUCUUCAGAGUCUCUUGUUUCUCCAACUGCAUCCAAGCAAAAAUCACAUCAGCCUGCUCAACAUCUCCGUUGCUAACGAUUAAUCAUGUCAGGAUCAAUGGCCGAUGUCCCUAAGGAUCUCGCCGAUGAGAUUCACAAGCUCGAGAAGCUCUUCACGGUAGAGCCCGCCAAGCUCAAGGAGAUUACCGACCAUUUUGUCUCCGAAUUGGCCAAAGGCCUCAGUGUUGAGGGGGGUAGCAUCCCUAUGAACCCUACCUGGGUCAUGUCAUACCCCGAUGGCUAUGAAACCGGAACUUACCUGGCCCUGGAUAUGGGCGGAACAAACCUGCGAGUCUGCCAAAUCACUCUGACUGAAGAGAAAUCCGAGUUCGAUAUCCUCCAGUCCAAGUACCGCAUGCCCGAGGAGCUCAAGUCUGGUACAUCUGAGGAGCUUUGGGAAUACAUUGCCGAGUGUCUUUACCAGUUCCUCGAGACUCACCACGGGGACUGUAGCAAGCUGGAGAAAAUUCCUCUGGGUUUCACAUUCUCAUAUCCUGCCACCCAGAACUACAUCGAUGAGGGUAUCCUGCAGCGAUGGACCAAGGGCUUUGACAUUGAUGGUGUGGAGGGCAAGAACAUCGUGCCCAUGUUCGAGGAGGCCCUGAAGGCUCGCGGCGUCCCCAUCAAGCUUGCGGCUAUCAUUAAUGAUACUACUGGCACAUUGAUCGCUUCCGCUUAUACCGAUACCGCUAUGAAGAUCGGCUGCAUCUUUGGUACUGGCUGCAAUGCUGCUUACAUGGAAGACUGUGGCUCCAUUCCUAAGAUUGCCGACCUGAAUUUGCCUGCCGAUCUGCCCAUGGCUAUCAACUGCGAGUGGGGAGCUUUUGAUAACGAGCAUAAAGUCCUUCCCCGAACUGCCUACGAUGUGACUAUCGAUAAGGAGUCUCCUCGCCCAGGACAACAGGCCUUCGAAAAGAUGAUUGCUGGUCUCUACCUAGGCGAGAUUUUCCGGCUCAUCCUCGUUGACCUUCACGAUAACAAAGCCAUCCAUAUCUUUGAGAACCAAGAUAUCUCUCUGCUACGCAAACCUUACUCCCUUGAUGCUUCCUUCCUGUCUGCUAUUGAAGAAGACCCCUGGGAGAACCUUACUGAGACGUAUGAUCUCUUCGUCAAGAAGCUGAACUUGAAGCCCACACGCCCCGAACUGGAGCUCGUUCGAAGGACCGCCGAGCUCAUCGGCACACGUGCUGCUCGCCUUUCGGCUUGUGGUGUCGCUGCUAUCUGCAAGAAGAAGGGAUACGAAUCUUGCCACGUCGGUGCUGAUGGCUCUGUGUUCAACAAGUACCCCUACUUCAAGGAGCGAGGAGCUCAGGCCCUGCGAGAGAUUCUCGACUGGCCUGAGAAGACCGACAAGAAGGCCGAGGACCCUAUUGAGGUUCUUACUGCUGAGGAUGGCAGUGGUGUCGGCGCCGCCCUGAUUGCCGCCCUGACCCUAAAGCGAAUCAAUGAGGGCAACAUGGCGGGUAUCCUUCAUCCCGAGAACUUCAAAUAAGCAUGAGCAGGGAUCGACUGAUGAAAGGCGCGUGAUGGGUAUCAAAGGUUAAUAUUAGGAUUGGACGGAAAACGAAGAUAGACGAGGACUUGAAUGAAAGCACGAAUAGAGACGAAGGGUUUCUUAAAGACUAUCAAGAAGCUUGUGCCACUGACAGGCCUGGAUUUUUUUCGAUUGAUACAUUCGUCUAGCCCAUAAAUGUGCAAAUAGGCAGCCGGUAUUCUGCGAAACGAAGUUAGCUUGAUAGUAAUGUAAAAUAUAUGAGUAUAUCUUACUGUCUAGGGUCCAGUAUCGUCUCCGUACACCCUCCCACUCUCCCUCACCAGCCUUUUCUAGGCCAGACAUGUCCACAUCACUCUCCUCCCACUCGACAUCGAGCCCUGCAUCGGCGCACUGCAUCUCGACCACCUUGGUGUA